GUCCUACUGAAAAUCAGCAUAAUUCAUACGUUUUUGCAGGUCAAUACUAUUAUACUGAAGAGACCGAAUGGAUUUUCAGUGAAGAAGCACAAUAAUGGUAUAACCUAAUUUUGUCCAAAAUGAUCCUGUCUCGAAAGCAGACUAUGGGAUUAUAUAACUCUGGAUUCUUAUUGAGAUGUGAUCCCCAUUCUCAUAUGCAAUGUCCUGCUUACUACACACUACCUUAGCAGUUAGUAAUAAUAUAUCAAAUGGGUGGAGUGCUAGUUUGAAACAGGUUUCUGUUGAGCUGAGUGAAUGGGCUGUUUUGGUGUAGCCUGAGCCAGUAGUCCAGCCAGGAUAGAUGAAGUGUCUAGCCUGUAGGUUAGUACUGUGGCUGUGUACUAGUCUGACACGCUGUUUAGUGUGGGAGUGUGGGAUUGUGGGUGCAGCUGAUGUCUCAACCCCCCACGUGUCUGCGGGGAAACUGGCCACGCGCAGAGCAUCCACCCAGGAACCAGUAAGUAAACAGUGUUUCAAUGCGUCUGCUUUGUUCUGCAUUUAAUUCUAUUCUAUUUUGUUGUAUUAUAUUUCAUGAGCUCUUGUAUCGAUGAAGGGUUUCACCAGUGGGGUUUUUGACUGAAUGAUGAGAUGCAGUAAGGUGCAGCACAAAGCCUUUCUCUCCACACAUAACCACCGCCUUCUUCCAUCUGAUUUCUCUAGCUGGUUCGUUUGUUAUUUUUUCAUUAGCUAUACAGUAUGAUAAUAAGCUACGUGGGUGUGAUGUGGAGUUGAAUGAAUUGACCAUAGAGCCAUUAUAUACAGAGGCGUGCACGGGCACGAUGCGCGCUCCCGUGCCGACAGAAUUACUACCACCUCAGACAAUACAUUAAAACGAUCAGAGGGUUAGGACACGAGGAGCCAGCUGACCCGGUCUUAACACAUUUCCGCCUUCUGCAAAGAUUUUUUUCCACCCAAUGUAGCCCAACAGCUGGUUAGUGAAUUAACAUCAUAACCCCAAAUCUCUUUUGGUCGACUGAAGAAAAAUCACGAUGAAAUUUCCAGUUGAGAAUCCAAGGAAACAAGUGAACUGGAACCCCGAGCAAGUGGUGGUUCAGACAAACUUGGCCCAUCCAAAGAAGCCGCAGCCAGGUGUGGUACAGUCCUCCCUGGUCCAGGCCAGUGUAGCUGCCAUGCAGAACCCCAUGGGCUGUGAGGCAAAGGCAAAUGAACACUGCCCCCUGCCACGGCUCUCCAUCUCCUCACGCUCAGCGAGCAUAGUGACCAGCAUGGACGCCGUAGCUGAUGGCUCCGCCCUCCACUCUGUGAUGAAGUGGAAGACGGUGCUGGCUGUGUUUGUGGUGGUAGUGCUCUACCUGGUGGGGGGUGGAUUAGUGUUUCAGGCGCUAGAACAGCCCUUCGAAAGUGACCAGAAAAACACCAUCACACAGGAGAAAGCUCUGUUCCUCCAGGGGAACCCGUGUGUUUCCCCCUCCGAACUGGAAGCUUUAAUCAAGCAUUCGAUAGAUGCGGUCAGUGCUGGGGUUAGUCCUAUCGGAGACACAGCCUAUAACUCCAGCCACUGGGACCUCAGCAGUGCCUUUUUCUUUGCUGGGACCGUCAUCACCACAAUAGGCUAUGGGAACAUUGCACCCAGCACGGAGGGAGGCAAGAUUUUCUGCAUCCUGUACGCCAUAUUUGGAAUUCCUCUGUUUGGGUUCCUACUGGCUGGCAUUGGUGAUCAACUUGGGACCAUGUUUGUUAAGAGCAUUUUAAAGGUGGAGGGAAUUUUCCGGCAGAAACAUAGGCAGAUAAGUCAGACUAAAAUCCGCGUCACCUCCACCAUUCUCUUCAUCCUGGCUGGGUGCAUUGUCUUCGUCACCAUCCCAGCUGUCAUCUUCAAACACACUGAAGGCUGGACUACACUGGAGGCCAUCUACUUUGUUGUUAUUACUCUCACAACUGUUGGUAUUGGAGAUUAUGUAGCAGGUGGGGACAGAAUGAUUGAAUACAAGAAGUGGUAUAAGCCACUAGUUUGGUUCUGGAUCUUAGUGGGUCUGGCGUAUUUUGCAGCAGUUCUCAGCAUGAUAGGAGACUGGUUAAGAGUCCUUUCCAAGAAGACUAAAGAGGAGGUCGGGGAGUUUAAGGCCCAUGCGGCUGAAUGGAAGGCGAAUGUGCGUGCUGAGCUGCGGGAAACCCGGAGGCGCCUCAGCGUAGAGCUCCAUGACAAGCUCCAACGUGCUGCCACCAUUCGCAGUAUGGAACGCCGACGCCUGGGUCUGGAGCAGCGUGCACGAUCUCUUGACAUGCUCUCUCCAGAGAAAAGAGCCAUCUUCUCCAGCUUUGACAGGGGUCGAUUCACCACAUCCUCACAGGAGAGCAUCGACACAAAGCUGAGCAAUCUACGAAUGAAGGCAGAGCACUACAGCAAGCACACGGCCUCAGAGGAAAACAUCUUCAACCGCUUUGGCUCUCUUGGCAAGCUGACCAAGCGCAACAGAAACAAAGACAUGCCGCCAAAUAUCGCAGAGGAUGCAAUGCGACUCAGCAGCAAUGGCAGCAACAACACACUGGCUGAGGAGAGACAGGAGGCUCAUGAAGAGGGGGAUCAGGAGGAGGAGGUGACAGAGAAAGAGAACAACACCACGCUCACCAAUCUGCCACAACACACUGAGCAGCAAGAGCAGCUGAACGGUUUUGUGCCCGCUCAGGCCAAAGAGAGAGAGACAGAGAAAAUGCUGGUAGAGAGAGAGCAUCAGCCAUAGACAAGUCAAUGAAAAUGGGCGGCAAGCGAUUCAUGAAUGCCACAGAAUGUGCCUUUCUGUUUUGUACGCUAUGGCUCAAGUCAUUAAGAUGAAUCUUAGUCAGUGUCUCUUAUUCUCAAACAACUAAUACAUCUUGGUUGCCAAAAAUGUGAGCUAUCAGGGGUCAUAGAAUCGUCAGUGAAAUCUUCUCAACUAUGAAGCAUGCUGUAUUUUUUUUUUUACCGUUUCAGAGUUAUUUAGUGCUACUUACAGUGCAAGAGACUGUGAUAUAGCAACAUUUAUCUGUGUUUUAAAGAGGGGCCAUGACCAUGGCUUUCCAGGAGCCAUCUCCUUGAUGUGAAACUGCUGCUGUAAUACUCAGUUACUUUGUGUUCAGUUGUAUCAAAGAUGUAAGUUUAUAGAGAGCAUGUCAGACUUUAAUACAUGUUUGGCUUUAAACCCAUUUCAGAAAUGUAAAACUGCAAACUGGUUCAAUAACACCUUGACUUACAUUUACAGCGUUUGGCAGACACCCUCAUCCAGAGAGACUUACAUUUAUCUCAUUGAUACAACCAAGCAGUUGAGGGUUAAGGGCCUUGCUCAAGGGCCCAGCUUGGCAGUGCUAGGAUUUGAACUCACAGCCUUCUGACAGGUAGCUCAAAGUCUUAAGCACUGAGCUACCACUGCCCCUGACUUGAAGAGUGAAACUUUGAUAUAAACAAUGUGCAGUUUCUUGUUGAUUAUUUGCCAAUAUUCCAACAAUAAACAGAUAAAGAAAUAGA